AUGGGUGACUACUCGAAAGCACUUGAAUUUUACGAAAAAUCACUUGAAAUACGAAAAAAAGCUCUGCCUUCGAAUCAUCCCGAUUUGGCUACUUCAUACAUCAACAUCGGUGGAGUGUACAGCAACAUGGGUGACUACUCGAAAGCACGUGAAUUUUACGAAAAAUCACAUCAAAUCUUCGAAAAAACUCUGCCUUCGAAUCAUCCCUCAUUGGCUACUUCAUACGGCAACAUCGGUCAAGUGUAUAAUAACAUGGGUGACUACUCGAAAGCACUUGAAUUUUACGAAAAAGAUCUAGAAAUCACAAAAAAAGCGAUGCCUUCGAAUCAUCCUGAUUUGGCUGUUAGCCACUUGAAUUUUGCAGCAUGUUACGAAAAAAUGGGUGAUUACACAACAGCUCUUAAAGCCCUUAAAAAUGCUUAUCAAAUUCAGCAAAAAGCUUUUGAAGAAGGUAAUCCAGCUUUUGCUUCAACAUACAGUAGGUUUGGAAGAGUUUAUCGCAAUAUGAAAGAUUAUUCAAAGUCACUUGAUUACUUUCAAAAAUGCCUCGCAAUAUUUCAACGAACAUUACCAGAAAGACAUCCCAAUCUAGCUAUCACAUACAGUAAUAUUGGUGAUGUUCAUCGAUUAAUGGGUGAUUAUGAGAAGGCAAUUUCAUUUCAUCAAAAAGCAUUAAAUAUUCAAGAAAAUGUUCAAUGUAAUCCUCUCGAAUGUGCAACGACAUAUAUAAAUUUAGGUGAAACAUAUCGUCAAAUGAAAGAUUAUACAACGGCAUUGACAUAUUAUCAAAAAGGAUUAGAAAUACGUGAAAAUAAACUACCAAAAAGUCAUCCUGAUUUAGCUGUAGUAUAUCACAAUUUGGCAAAAUUAUAUUUAUCUACUCGACAAUAUAAUAUGGCAAUGAAAAAUGUUCAACAAGCCGUAGAAAUUGCUCAAGAAAAAUUACCUUCAAAUCAUCCUCAUAUAUUGGAAUAUAAAGAAACAUUUGAAAAAAUUCGAAAGAAAAUGUAA